CAGAGGAAGCCCGUGUGUGAGGAGCAAUGGCGGCCAAACAGGAAGUGGAGUGAGUGCGGGGGGCUGACAGGGAAGCCGAGCCGCCCGGACGCACAGGCACCUCAUGGAUUAAAAAGAAAAGCCGGAGCCCGCCGAUCCGCGGCCCCCACUCUCCUCACUUGUCGCACAGGCCGCUGACAACUGGUGAAAGUUGACAUGGCAAACUGAAUAAGAAAAUAUUGAUACAAAACUAAGAAGAAAGAUUAUGACAAUUGAAGAUGGGGCAAAAAAUAUACCCAGCCGCCUUCAUUCUAAGUCCUAUUAUGGUGACUGGUCAUGGUAUGCCAAGAAUAUAGCAGAUAAGAUCGAUUGUACCCUUUAUUCUUUGCCUCUGGUACUAUACACACUUUGACCAUGUGCAGAAUGCAGUUGGACAGUGCCUAAUGCUUAAAGUACAUUGUGUCAUGGACGGGCAGAAUUACCAGCAGAACCAUCAAACUGACACUGCAAUGUAUGCUCUGCCAAAUAUCCAAGUCCCGUUUUUCUCUCAAGGAACAGAGAAUCAGAUCCUGCAUUCUAACAAUAUAUGGAACCAUUUUUCAUAUCCCUAUUCAACGUUUCCUGCCACAGUACCUCUAACUGAUACCCGGCAGUUUUUUAAUUCACCAAGUGAACCAUUUUCAGGUACUUUACCCAUCAAUGGUCAAAACUAUGAAGAGCCAAGUUUGGAAUCAAUAUUCCAGCAUAGAAAUGGCGAGCAUUUACAGGAUUUCAAUUGUGUGGACGAUAACUCCCUUUUCUCUUCACCUGAUCCAUCACUGUCUGAUAUUGCCGAUACUGAGGAUUUUAAUCUGGAUGUUCUUACUCCAAGUAUUUGGGAUUCAAGCAGCCUACAAUCCAAUAUAGAGCUUGCACGUACAUUUCCGCUAGGCCUGCCAUUUUCAAAUCACCUGCAAAUCAACAAUGGGCCGACUCAUCCCUUUCAGACUCCACCACAACCAGAAGAGGAAGAAGAAGCUGAUGAUGAGGAACCAGAAGAAUUAGGACAUGCAGAAACAUAUGCAGAAUAUGUACCUUCCAAAUCUAAAAUUGGAAAUAGCCAUCCAGACAGAGUGGUUGAAACAAGUACUUUGUCAAGUGUGCCACCUCCAAACAUCAGAUACACCCUUUGCCUUCCUGAAGUAACAAUUUCAAAUGGUUCUCUGUCUGCACUACAACUAGAAGCAAUCAUUUAUGCAUGUCAGCAACAUGAAAUCCUGUUGGAAAAUAACCAUCGUGCAGGGUUUCUUAUCGGUGAUGGGGCUGGCGUUGGAAAGGGAAGAACUGUGGCUGGUAUUAUUUAUGAAAAUUACAUAAAGGGCAGAAAGAAGUCAUUGUGGUUUAGUGUCUCCAAUGAUCUGAAAUACGAUGCUGAACGUGACCUUAAAGAUAUAGACGCUGAAAAGAUUCCAGUGCAUGCUCUCAACAAGAUAAAGUAUGGUGAUACAGCUACUUCUGAAGGUGUUUUGUUUGCAACCUACUCUGCACUGAUUGGUGAAAGUCAAGCUGGUGGUCAACACAGAACAAGGCUAAAACAGAUUCUGGACUGGUGCGGAGAGCAGUUUGAUGGUGUUAUUGUGUUUGAUGAAUGUCACAAAGCAAAAAAUGUCUGUGUGAAUGGCAGUACCAAAUCCACCAAAACAGGCCUGGCUGUCCUAGAGCUGCAAAAUAGACUACCAUUUGCAAGAGUUGUCUAUGCAAGUGCCACAGGUGCCUCAGAACCAAAGAACAUGGCUUACAUGUGUCGUUUAGGUAUCUGGGGAGAAGGCACACCCUUCCGCCAGUUUGAGGAUUUCCUUCAUGCUAUUGAGAAACGUGGUGUGGGUGCUAUGGAAAUUGUUGCUAUGGAUAUGAAAGUUAGUGGCAUGUAUAUUGCUAGGCAACUAAGCUUUGCUGGAGUAACAUUCAGAAUAGAAGAAAUACCUCUUGAUCAUGGUUUCCAACUUGUAUACAACAAAGCAGCUGUGCUGUGGGCUGAAGCAAUGAAUACUUUCCAACAAGCAGCAGACUUAAUUGGUUUGGAGUCCAGGAAAUCUCUAUGGGGGCAGUUUUGGUCUGCGCAUCAACGCUUCUUCAAGUAUCUAUGUAUUGCAGCCAAAGUUAGACGUUUAGUAGAAUUAGGCAAACAAGAGCUGCAGAAAGGCAAGUGCAUUGUUAUUGGACUGCAAUCCACAGGUGAGGCUCGGACACGAGAAGUACUUGAUGAGAAUGACGGCCACCUUAACCAAUUUGUAUCUGCUGCAGUAGGUGUCUUUAAGUCACUAAUUCAGAAGCACUUUCCUUCAACAAAGAGAAAGAAAGAAAAAGGAACAGGGACAAAAAGGAAACGAAAGCAACGUGGCCGUCCCUUGAAACAUUUGAAAAGUAUCCCAGAAUAUGUAUGUUUAGUGAAAAGCAGUGACGACAGCAGCUGUGAUUCUGACCUUGAUACUGACAGUGAUCUGAACUCAUCACCUGCAUCUGCGAUGGAGAUAUCAGAAGAGGCUGAUCUCAUCGCUUUGGAUGCUCCCAUAAAUGGUUUUCAAUCUGCGGAAAAAGCAACACUAGAUUUUGUAGAGAAAGUGAAAGGGGAUCUGCUAGCAAAAGUUGAACUACUAGGAAAAGAACUACCUCUGAAUACACUGGAUGAACUGAUUGACUUGUUUGGUGGUCCUGAGCACGUGGCUGAGAUGACUGGAAGGAAGGGACGUGUUGUCCGUAAACCAGACGGCUCCGUUUGUUAUGAGUCCAGAGCAGAACAAAAUUUGUCCAUUGACCAUGUGAAUUUAAAGGAAAAGGAGCGGUUCAUGAAUGGGGACAAGUUGGUAGCCAUUAUCUCUGAAGCAGCCAGUUCAGGAAUUUCACUGCAGGCUGAUAAAAGGAUAAAGAAUCAACGAAGAAGAGUGCACAUGACCUUGGAAUUACCUUGGAGUGCAGACCGUGCUAUUCAACAAUUUGGUCGUACCCACAGGUCAAACCAGGUGUCAGCUCCAGAAUAUAUAUUCCUCAUUUCUGAACUUGCAGGCGAAAGACGAUUUGCCUCUAUUGUUGCUAAGCGUUUGGAAAGCCUGGGUGCUUUGACUCAUGGUGAUCGAAGAGCAACAGAAUCUAGAGACCUCAGCAAAUACAAUUUUGAUAACAAGUAUGGAACCAGGGCACUGGAUAAAAUCAUUAAAACCAUCUUAGGUCAGGUUGAAAAUAAAGUACAACCACCAAAAGAUUACAUUGGAGGUCCCAGUGUUUUUAUCGAUGACAUGAGACUGGGACUGAUGGCUGUUGGAAUUUUCUGCAAAGAAAACCGUUACGGAUGUAUCAAUGUGGAAAAAGACUGCAGCAUCACCAAAUUCCUGAAUCGGAUUCUUGGACUCGAGGUUCAUAAACAAAAUGCACUUUUUCAGUAUUUUACAGACACAUUUGAUUAUCUGAUUGAAAAGGACAAAAAAGAUGGAAAAUAUGACAUGGGAAUUCUAGAUCUAGCUCCAGGAGUAGAAGAGAUAUAUGAGGAAAGUCAGCAGAUUUUCCUUACACCAGGGCACCCACAGGAUGGACAAGUAGUUCUCUAUAAGAUAAGUGUGGACAGGGGCAUGCCCUGGGAGGAGGCUCAUCAGAAGUCACUCACCUUGACAGGAUCUAAUGAUGGUUUCUACCUUUCACACCGGCUUAGAGGAAAUGAGCCUUUUGCACUUUUGGCUGAGCAAAUUACUGUGAAGCAUUAUGUGUUGUAUAAACCAAAUAUUGGCAAACAAAUACAACCAGAAAGUUUUGAUAACUUACGGAAGAAAUACAAAAGAGUUGAACCAGAAGAAGCUAAAGAUAUUUGGCAAAACCUGUACAAUUUCUCCUUCCAAAAAUGCAGUCACGCAGCUUGGAAUGGGAAGUGUAAAACAAUGCAACAAGGGAAGGAGUGCGUUCAAGGCAUGAGGCUGCGCCACUACUAUAUGUUGUGUGGGGCUCUUCUGAGGGUUUGGAACAAAGUUGGAAACAUUAUGUCUGAUGUAACAAGCUCCAGUCACUUGCAAAUUGUACGUCUCAAAACCAAGGAUCAGAGAAAACAAGUUGGUAUAAAGAUACCCGAGGCCUGUGUUUAUAGUGUCGUGGGUGAGCUGAAGAAAAUGGAUAUGGCGGUGAAGAAAAAGCAGGAGGAGAAUCGGCAGCUACUGGCGAAUCAAGUACUGCAAAUAUGUCACAGCGGCGAUGCACAGAACAGUUUAUCUGCGGAGCAAGCGUUUGCCAGCAAUAGUCAGAUUUUGUCAGAUACUUUUGACCCCGUACAAGUUUUACAGGAGCUGUUAGGCCUUGAUUAUGAUCCAUUCGUAGAGCAAGAACAAAUGCUAAAUCAAGAUCGGCAAAGUGUUAUUCAGUAUGGGCAACCAUCACACCUCUGGGAAGCUGGCUGAAUAGCAAAAGACUAGAAUGCUGCUCUGCUGAAGUGCCUGACUCCAGUCAAAAUCCUCCUCAUCAUAUUGACUUGCAGGCUAAAAAUUGACGAGUCAUAGAUUUUUCCCUUCAAUGACACUGCCUGCAUUAAGAUCAGUACUGAGACAAAGCUGCUUUCUUUGAAGCUUUCCUUCAAGAUCGCAGGCUUUGAAGAUGGAUUUCUUCAACUUUUGAAUCUUUGGUAUGGCGUUAUCAGAAGCUGACAUAUUUCUCCCCCCUCACUCGCUGUAUUUUUGGUACUGUUGUAAUCAACCAAGCACUUGUUCAGUUUCAUCUAGAUAUCGCAUGAGACCUCUGCAAGGAUUUGCACAGUCAAAAACCUACAAGAAGGGAGAAUUGUACAAAGUAACAGAUAAUAAGGUUCAAUUGUUGAAAAAUAAAGUUCGUCCCAACCUAGUGAAACUGAAAACCAGCUUUCCCAGCACUCGCCAUGUCAUUUGGAAACCUGCUAGAAAAGCUGUAUUUCUGAGGAAGAGUACCAUUUUCUCUGCUGUCAAGCAACUGCUGUUCUGCACACCUUUUAUGUGUUAAAUGUUUUUUGGGGGGCUUAAAUAAGCACUUAACAGCAGUGUAAUUACAGUGUAGUAACUAUCCAUGUCCUAUUAAUAUGCUUUAACAAAGUGCAACAUUGUAAUAUACAACUAUUAUAAAUAUAUAAACUCUGUCAUCUUUUAAAAAGAUCGUAACAGGUUUUGUACCACACAUGGUCUGGUAACUGUGGUGAUAUUUUUCACAUUGCCGCGCUUGUAGUAUCAUAUGGAUGUAAAUUUGUUUCUAAAUUAUAUAUUUUAAGCAUGUGGUAUAAAUAUAUGUUGUGGAAAGCAGCAAGACAUGAUAUAUAUCUCCAGAGUUACAAACUGUCUGACUUAAGAAUAUUACUCAUGUCUUCAACUAUAUUGGAACAACUUUGCAAUAGCUUGAGUGUAGUUACAGAAAGUGCUGGUUAAAGUCUUGUUAUAUGCUUAUAUAUGUCCCCCUUGAAAUAUUUACUUUAACCUGGAAGCUUCACUCUUGUGUAGAGCCACUCCAGAUGAAUGUGCAGGUUUACAACCCUUAAUUUUAAUGUUGGAGUUAAAGCAAAUUAAAUUGGGUUGUUCUGUCUGUUUCUUGUCCCUUUAAGAGCUAUGUGGGGCAAGUUGGUAGCUGAUGGGAGAUAGAAGAGCAAUUUGGUUGAGAGUGUUCAAAGCAUAACUGAUUUGACAGUGAGGCAGAACAGGCAGCCUUUUAACUUGUUUUUAUUCCUUUUAUAAUAUGAAAUAAAGUAAUAUUUUAUGUUAUUUAAAUUACUUUCCUUCCUUAAAAUGUUAUUUCUAUCGCCUUUUUCUCUCCAACUCUAUUCAUGUCUGUCCUGCAGGUUUCACUGCACUAACCUCCUUUCACCAUUCAUUCAUUCCGAGAACUGCAGUAGAAAGUUUUAUGUUCUUUCUCUUUCUAAAAUCACUUAGUAACUUACUAGCAACGCCAUUGUAGGGCAGAUAAGCGGCAAAGGUUGGAAUAAAUAUGUAACUGUUUUUUAAUUAAAAUACUCUAAGCUGAAGAUUUUUCAUAAAGUAAAAUCUGUUGCUCAGUUGUUGGCGGUACUGUAAACCUACCAAUCCAUUUGGAGUGACCCAAAGACUAGUUUUACGAAAGUCAAGUUCCUUGCUAUAGGUUAAAAAAAAAAGUUCCUUUCACUAUCCAGCCAUUCAAAACUGGGAGUAAUCAUUGGGGACUUAGAAGCAGUUUGAUCCUUUAGUAACUCUUACAUUGACUUUAUACUAACACUUGCAUCACUUACUCAGGUACAGUAAAAUUACCUUGUUCCAGUGGGUAUAUAGACCGGAAGAUGAUAGAAUCAGAAUGGUGGUAUUUGAGAAGCUAUUUUUUGUGGGUUUAAAUUAUGAUCUGACAUGAUGGUCCCUAAGUUGCCAUCAAAGCUGCCUAAAAUCUGCAUCACAAUUUUUCAGUUAAACUGACAUGCAUGUAGUACUGUAUGAAUCACUUUAUUCAAGGCUGAUCCUCAGUUUGUGUGUUUGUGUGAUUCACUAAUUUUUUUCAGCAUGUAAGGGGUUACAAUAAAACAUUGGUUACAGCACCAAGACAACUAAUCCAGUGCCUAAAAAUAGUUCAAUAUAUGCAUUCCCACUGAUUACUCCAGGGUUCUGGCGGAAGUAAAUUCAAGCAAAUGGAAACUCAGUUUUUUUUAAAUAAGUAUAAUAAAUAGUUCAAUAAUAGCUGGCUUAGUGAAGCCUUGGACCAAGGGUGGGGGGAAAUACCAAGAGCAAAAUAGCGACCUUUAACUGUCAACCAGACAUUUAAGCAAAGUGACAAACAUGACAGCUUGAUUUAUUGUGAGAGAGCUAUGUGUAAUGUCCGUUGUUUCAUCAUCUGUGAAAUAAUGGUUAAUAUGUUUGAACCAAACAAUAUGACAUGACAUUAAUGCUGCUAUUGCUUGGUAAAGAGAAACCCAUUAAAUGGAGAGAUAAAUGUGAUUUUAUGAAUUACGUUAGAAAUGAAGCACCAAACCAAACACUUACAUUAGUCUGUAAUUGCUAAAGUCACGAGUAGCUGAUAUCUAACGGCUCAAAAACAGAUUUUUUGACCCUUUCCUCUACCUAUUUAAUGGAUUGUAAGAACACUUUAAAACACCUAAAAAGAUCAUUGCCAGCAUCCUCUGUGCUUUAGUUCAUUUUGAAGUUCAGCUCAAGCCGUAGCAUUAUUGAUUCUCAAUAAUCCACAAGCCCAGUUAUAUUUGUUUGCUUGACGUACAGAAAGGAACAUCUAAUACAGGUGGUGUGUAUGUGACAGGGAACAGGAGAAGAUGGUGAAAUAGGGAAGAUGUAUGUAAUUUUUACUGACUAAAAGCACCCAACUAUAAAUGUUCUAUCGAGUAAUUGUUAAGAUAAUUUAAAAAAAUAAUUCAGGGACUGCUGUAAAGCUUAAAAACUGCUUUAAUCUGCCAUCGAAAUUUUGGAUGCACUGUAAUAUUAGAAACCGGAGAUUAAUUGCUUUUGUGCCCUUAUACUAUUACUUUCACAAAGUAUUCUAACAAGGAUAGAACACAAAUACCAAAGUAUUCACCAUCUUAAAUUGCCUGCUAUAAAAUCUCUUUGCCUCAGGAACCAAUCCAAUGGCCCUUUUCUACCUUUUAUAUCAGGGUUGUCUACAUGAAUUAAAUGAUUCAUGUUGCUUUUUGUUCAUUAAACAGUACAUUUUGACUUUUUUACAUAAAUUAUUUUGUUAACCGAUAAGGUUCUAUUGAUUGUAGCUAUUGUAUAUGCUGUGGGUAUCUGUAAACAAUGCAAGCACUUUUGCCUACUUACAAUUUACUGGGUUGUCCUUGUUUUCUAUUUGUAUUUAUAAGUGUAGGAAAUGAAGUAUAUAUGUAAAAAAAAAAAUUAUCAAAAUGUGCCUUAAACUAAUUAUUCUUAAUUUUCUACUUUCAAAGAAGGAAUAUAGUAGCAUGCUUUCAUUUUUAUGAUAAAUAAAAAAAAAACCUGCAAUUAUCUUUUUUUACAAUUUGCAGUUCACUGUCUCUGAAUGUGUGCUUGUUGUUUAGCAAUAUUUUUUGUAAUAUAUUAAGCGAAUGUCUACCUGAUACUAACUGAACAGUUUGCUUUUCUAGCACAUUGCCAAAUCCCACAUGACAGUUGCACUACAUGUCUAUGUAUCCAUAAUGAACAUCCUCAUUUUACAAAGUUUUAUGGUUUUAUUCUGUAGCAUGCAAUAAUAAAGUUUCUGUAAAGA